AUGCCUUCUCUACAAUCGCUUGCGAUCACCACAGUCGCCGGUCUGGCGAGCGUUGCUGCCGCUGGUCAAGACCGCAGCUAUUUCCCUCCAUCACCGGAAGGGCUGACGGUCGUUGAAUCGAAGCACCAGGAGGGUGUGAAGAUAUCGUACAAGGAGCCCGGAAUAUGCGAAACAACUCCCAAUGUCAAAAGCUACGCCGGCUACGUCCAUCUCUCUCCCGGCGCACUCUCCAAUGUAAACGUGCAACAAAAGUACCCCAUCAACACGUUCUUCUGGUUCUUCGAAUCGCGCAAAGACCCCAAGAAUGCGCCGCUAUCUAUUUGGAUGAAUGGUGGCCCUGGCAGUUCCUCAAUGAUCGGCCUGUUGCAAGAAAACGGCCCCUGUCGCGUCAACGAGGACUCAAACUCCACCGUCUUGAAUCCGUGGUCGUGGAACAACGAGGUCAACAUGUUGUACAUCGAUCAGCCAAAUCAGGUCGGAUUCAGUUACGACGUACCCACGAAUGGGACCUAUGACCAGGUAUCUGGCAACUGGGACGUGUCUCCUUUCCCUGAUGGCGUGGUGCCGGAGCAAAACAAUACGUUUUAUGUUGGAACGUUUCCUAGCCAGAAGAACUAUACCACGGCGAAUAGCACGGAGAACUCGGCCAAGGCAUUGUGGCAUUUCGCACAGACGUGGUUUACUGAGUUCCCCGAGUAUAAGCCGCAUGAUGAUCGCGUGAGUAUCUGGACGGAGUCGUAUGGUGGACGGUACGGGCCUUCGUUUGCGGCGUUCUUCCAAGAGCAGAAUGAGAAGAUUGUCAAGGAGAAGGCUAAAUAUCAUUACAUCCAUAUGGAUACGCUGGGUAUUCUCAAUGGCUGCGUGGACCUCUUGACGCAGUCACCGCACUAUCCGCAGAUGGCCUACAACAACACCUACGGCAUCGAAGCGAUCAACAAGACUCAGUAUGAGAAGGCAAUGCGCGCAUGGAGCAAACCUGGUGGUUGCAAAGAUGGCAUCCUCAAGUGCCGUCGUCUAGCAGCAGAGGGUGACCCCAAAAUGACCGGCCGCAAUGCCACCGUCAACAAGUUCUGCUCCAAGGCGAGCGACUUCUGCAGCAACGAAGUCGAAGGCCCAUACAUCAACACCUCCGGCCGAGGCUACUAUGACAUCUCCCACUUCGACCCCGACCCGUUCCCCCCGCCGUACCACAACGGCUUCCUCAGCCAGCACUGGGUGCAAGGCGCGCUAGGCGUCCCCGUUAACUUCACCGAGUCCGUCAACAGCGUGUACAACGCCUUCAGCGCUACCGGCGACUACGCCCGCUCCGACAUCCACGGCUACCUCAGCGACAUUGCGUACCUGCUCGACACCGGCGUGAAAGUAGCCCUCGUCUACGGCGACCGCGACUACGCCUGUCCCUGGAACGGCGGAGAAGCAGUCAGUCUGCGCGUAGACCACGCAGAAGCCCACCAAUUCCGCUCAGCCGGGUACGCCCCGCUACAUACUAACGCCUCCUACGUCGGGGGAUUGGUGCGGCAGCACGGCAACUUCUCCUUUAGCCGGGUUUUCGAGGCUGGCCACGAGGUACCCGCUUACCAGCCACAGACGGCAUAUGAGAUUUUCCAUCGAGCCAUGUUCAACCGCGACAUCUCGACGGGACAAGUUCCCACUGCGAACAACGACACGUAUUCCACACAGGGACCGUCUUCGUCGUGGUCGGUCAAGAAUGAGGUGCCGGAUAGUCCGGCGCCAACGUGCUAUAUUCUCUCGCUGGAGGCAUCUUGCACAAAGGAGCAGGCGAAAGCUGUGUUGAAUGGAUCUGCGCUGAUUCAAGAUUAUAUUGUUGUUGAGGGGGGUGAGGCUGAGCAUGAGCAUGUUAGCAAACGGUUUGAGCUAGUUUGA